UUGCAACCACUUUCAAGUUGUUUGCUUGCAUUCUUAGCAUUCGACGACCAUCUUGAACUUGUAAUGAUGUGCCGAACAGGGAGCGGACAUGCAGAUAGUCAGUGACUCACAGGAACAUGUUGCCGACCUGGCCGUUUCGACGUGAGGCGCGUGGUGAAGGGAACUUUCUCCAGAAGCGCUGAGUUGAGGCGACAACAUCGACACGUUGUCUGACUGAGGCGCGUGAGGGUGUACAGUAUUUCUCUGGUUGAUUGAUCAGUCUGGUGCAGUUUGGUAUACAUUGGGAGGAAGAGGCAUGCGAGCUUCUCGCUAUACGAGGUGAUCGGACGCGUCGUUGUUAAAUCUUCUACUAAGCAAGAACCGCGCACUGCAAGUGAAGCGACGAAAGUGACUCCAGCACUUGGACAUUUGGAGGUUGCCUGCGUUGAGUCUCUGUCGGCCACCGGCACCAUGGGUCAAAACAACUACUCUUUCAAUACCUUCUAUCACAAUUUCCCUUCGGCUCAGCAACCUUUCCUAUCGCCAACUCCUUCUCAGCCGCGACCUCUGCCUCAGACUCAACCACAGCAGCAUCAGCAUCAACAGCAGCGUCAACCUCAACCUCAAGCACAGCCUUACCAGACGCAGUCCUAUGCACCGCAAUACCCACCCAACUACGCUCAAUACUACUACAACCAGAAUCAGCAGUAUCAUUCCCAGUUCCAGCAAUAUCCCCAAUCCUUCUACCCGCCACAGCCGCAAAAUAUCCAAUCUACUGGGCGAUCUCCUCAACCUGGCAUACAGGUUGUCAUUCCCGCUCAUCCUUAUCAUUCCUCACCGCGAGAAACCCAUCAGCGGCAGACUCAGCCUCCAUCUACUAAUUACCAAGCCCAGCCUCCUUCGGACUACCACAUUCAGCCAUAUCCUCAAUUUCAGGCUCCAUCCCAACCCUUCACACAGCCUCCUCCACACAGUCAGCCGCAGCCUUCCGUCCGACGGUCGUCUGGGAACCUCCGGCAGUCCAAUGUCUCUGUUGAGAUCCCAAGCCCUGGCUUGCCCGUAGCUAGCUCGCGGGUGAAAGUGGAAGAGCCAGCGACCGCGGCGGAAGUAGUUAUGGAAGGUGUUGCUCAGCAGAGAACUCUGCAGCAGAGCCAACCCCGUGUGUUGCAGGCCAGAGAGAUGGACAAGAAAGCCAAGCGAUCGGCUGCGAGCGACAAUGAAGCCGCCGCUGCCGCAUUGCAGCCAGACUAUCCCACUCUUCUGUGCGUCCUUGCUGACGACUACCUCGAGGCAGCUCGCAAACUCACGGCUCUAAGCGAAGAAUACUACAGAUUAGUUGCCACUGCUUUGGGUUGUCUCGAAUCCAACCUCACUAAUUUCAAACUUCCUCCAUUACAGGAGGCUCAGAUCUCAUUACGUUAUGCUCAAAUCCUCUAUGAAGAAACGGAGAACUAUGACGAAGCCGAGACAAAAUUGACGAAAUCGAUCGACCUCUGUGAACGACACAAAUUCGUCGAUUUAAAAUACGAGAUGCAUCUUUUGUUAUCCAAGGUGCUCUACGAAUCCAGACCCAAAGCUGCAAUCAGAGAAAUAGAACGAAUAAUUGAGGACAUCGAAGCAUACCGUCAUACUGUAUGGCUAUAUGUCUUUCGAUUCCAACAUGCCUUGCUUUCGCUAGCAUCGUCUAGCCCAGGUGAAGUGCAUGGGGCGGUUGUGCAGCUGGAGAAGAUUGCAUCGCUCGCGCGUCAAAAUGGAGAUAGCUCUGUUCUCGCCUUUGCUGCACUGCUUGAGGCAUUGUUGCACCUAUCGAGUCCGGCCCACGAUGCGGUCACGGCCACGCAGAUGGCCUUGGCACAAGUCCGAUCAUUGCAAACGAACCCUAACGUCGAGAAAAUACCACAAAUGACAGUCUUGAUGGAAUUCAUUGAUCUGUCGUGCAGCGUUCGGGCUGCUGAUGUCGCCCAGAUGGAGAAGAAGCGGAAACAGCUGCACACCGUGCUUUAUGAAUCCAUUGAUAGCCCUAACUGGCGUGGUGACGGCUUCAUACGUGUGCCAGUCUCCAAACGAUCUCUAGCCGGCAUCCAGCUCCAAGCUGAUGGACACAUCGUCGAGCGGGAUGGAAAGUACUUUUUAACCUUUUCAUGGUUGGGAAAGGAAGAAGUCGAGGCUCUGGGAUUUCUCUUCAGCGCCGACAGUUGCGCCUUCAAAAAUGGGGCUGACGGGGGAAAGGCCGAGAGGUUUGCUCAAAGCGGCCUGUCAGUGCUGCGAUCAUGGGGUGAUACGGUUCCCGUAGCGGGCUAUCAACAGUCGCAAGGGACCUACUUGUUCCGUAAACUGCUGGAAGCACAAUUCUUGUUCAUUCUCUGCUUUAUGCAAUCCGCGAAAGGUCUCUGGUCAGCGGCAGCCGACACGCUUGCUCAGGCCACCAAAAUUUCGGAACAGCUGGGCGACGCGUUUCCUGUCAACAUGACCUAUUGCCUGCUCUACUUGAAAGCAGCCAUCUUACAAGGCACCGGCAACCUGCCAGCUGCGCUCGAAAUCUAUCAGUCUCCUACAUUCAGCUUGGGCUCUUCUCGCCAGUCGCUCGGCCCCGAUGCUUCCAAGACCACCACCACCACCACUCAACGAAGACCGGGCUCUACCUACUUCGCAGAAUCCGACGUCAGGCGCAACUUUUGUAUCCUAGCUGCCAUGAACGCGGCGUUCAUCGUCCACCACCCUCGCCAUCCCCAACAUAAUCAGCUCAAUUACCUGAUCAAAAGCCUGGACGCCGCCGUGCAGAACUCCGGGAACAAAUACAUUCAAGCGCACUACUCGCUGCUCGUCUCCGUACUGUCCACUACCACCUUGACCGUCAAGCAGUACUUACGGAGUGCGAUGGAGGCAGCCAAGGCAAUUGGUAGCGCGCAGACGACGGCACUCGCGCUGAUUUACAUGCAGGAGAAGCUGUUCAAAGGCACCGUGGACGAGCAGGGCAUGAAGUGCGCGAGGGCAGCGAGCCACCAAGUUAAGCGCUGGGGGGAGCCCAUGUGGGCUCAUGUCGCUGCCGGCCUGGAGGCGGACUCUCUCGAGGUCAACGGCCAUGCCAAAGAAGCUCAAGAGAGACGAGCUGAGGCAGAGUCCGGGUGGGAUUCUUUGCCUGAAAAGGUCAGGGCAUCCGCGACUGGUUGAUUAUGGCAAAACAAACCCAACAAAUGGUGGUGAUCACCGGCGUAGUGUGAGAGAAUACAAUGGUUUAUGUACAAUGAAGCGUCAGGGUAGACCAUUACAAAGGUUUGCCAACAAUUCGCCCAGAAAUGGACGAAUCAAAAUUUACUAUUGACUUCUGGUAUGUCCCCUAUGGAGGGAUGAGGGCCGUAGCAGGAGGGUAGGAUAGGUUAUUCAUAGUCAUACUCAUUCAAUUCGGCUGUGUCAAUGGUAAAGUGGCUAGACUAACAAACAGUUGCCUGUUCAAGAGG